UUUAACCAAGCGCCUGCAGAUCAACCGAGCGCCGCACGCUAAUCUUUGCACGGACGUGGCCAAACAGCAGCAGGACGCCAUUGCAACUUAGCAUAUUGGUACUUCCUUUUCGGCUUUAGCGCCAGCGGCUAGCAGCACCAACUGAAAGCUGGAGGAGCCCGAGCUUUUAAAACUACCAGCUAAACAGCCAGCCGGAUCACUCAUCACAGCACAGCCAGACCAGAGAGCCAGCCUCAAGCUUCACAGAAUUCGGACACUUUGAGCUCGGUCCCGGAGUUAGCUCAGGCUCAGCUGUUGUGACCAUGAGGGGAAGAAGCAGGAGGGGGAGCAGCGGGACGGCGGCGGACUUCCUGGUCUGCUUCCCGUCGCGGACGCACCUGACCCUGAUGCCGCCCAAGCCCAUCUGCAGCCCGUCGCGGCCCUCGGCCUCGGAGCGCCGCCACAGCACGAGCGGCGGCCGGCCCGGCCCACCCCCGCCGUCGUCGUCUUCCUCCAGCGCCAGCGCGCACUACAGGGCCAGCAGGAACGCGAGCCGCCGCCAGCGCCACGCCAUGGACGUCGUGGCGGGCGUGGACGACGAGCCGUCGUCGCCCAAGGUGACCUGUGCGGGCCAGAUCAAGGUCUCCCGGUCAGCCAAGCCCAAGGCGGCCGGCGCCGGGAAGAAGCCCGCAAAGAAGUCUUCGUCGUGGAUGCAGGCGCUCGGGAUCAAGAAGGACGCGCUGCCGUUCCUGAGCGCGCUCCAUGGCGCCUUCCGACUCAACAACGUCGCCGGCUGCUUCCGCAGCUUCCCCGGCGCCGUGGUGGAGUACACUUCCGGGGAGGAAGACGAGGAAGAAGAGGAGGAGCAGAGAAUCGAGCAAAAAACAGAGCAUGGCGACGCGCUGGCAAGGUGGUUCAUGGUGCUAGAGGAAGGGAAAAGGAUUCCCAGGAAGAAACAGGAGCAGAAGCCGGAGGAAGAAGAAGAAGAAGAAUCACACGAAGAAGAAGACUCGGCGCCGCCGGCGAACGCGCUGAUGCUGAUGCGGUGCCGGUCGGCGCCGGCCAAGGGGCUGGCGAGGAGGCUAGGAGCAGGGGAGGAGGACGAAGAACUGAAGAGCGCCAAGAAGGAAGAAGAGACGCAGAAGGAGACGGAGAAGGAGAACCUGGUGGUCAUGAGGUACCCGCCUGACUUCUUCCACGUCUCCGUUGACAUCGCCAAGGAGACGUGGAUCGUCGGCGGCGACGACUCCGUCCUGCGCUGCCGGAGCUGGAAGAAAUGAUGAUCCAUCUAUCCCGUCUCGUUCCAUCAACAAUGUAUGUGUGAUUUCAGACUUUUUACUGCUCGAUUUCGCCCCUCUUUUCUUCCCCGGAUCAAUCGAGAGUUACUGAGGUUUCGCGAAAAGGAUUCGAUCAGCACGUGGCAGGUUGGUUUCGAGAAGGCCAGCAUGUAGGUCUCUCAGCGAAAACAAGCUCUGCACUGUAAAUAUGGGUGCUGUAAACUGUAACAGAGAUCCCUUACUAUAUUUUACCGAGGUACAUGGUGGUAAGUAGUAGUACUUGUGAUAUAUUGCGAGUAAUAUAUGAUGAACUAUGGUAUAGCACCCUGUCCCGGAUUUAGCUGCAAA